AUGUCCCAAACAGAGAUUAAUCCAGUUUCAAACGCAGUAAAUUUAGUGGAUCUCCCUCUCCCUCUCCCUCUCCCUCUCGGGGCUAGGAAUUCUGAUUGGCCAUUGCCCACCCAACCAACAAACAAUGACUCAUAUCCUUUGCUGAUGAUCAGUUUUGUCAAACGCGGUAACCAAAGAGAAAGAGACCGUGAAAGGGCUCAAGCUAGGGCUGGCCAUAACGCAAAGCAUCCCAAAGACGAGGGACUGACCCCUGAACAACGCCGUGAAAGAGACGCGAGGGCCUUGCAGGAAAAGGCAGCGAGAAAGGCUGCACAGGCAGCGGCCGGAGGUAAUAAUGCUGGAGGUGGAGGAGGUAAAAGCGUUAAGAAGUGA